GUAUUUAGGUAGGGGCUAUGGGUCCCGUUGCCCAGAGCGGCAAAUUUUUAAAGAUUUAGAGGGGCGGCAAAUUUUUAUUUCGUACUUCAUAGUUUACACGCUGAUUUCAAUUAAUUAAUAUUUUUUCAGUAAAUAUUUACACAUCCCCCUCCCUGCUCACAUCAUAUUAUUUUUAUAAUAUCAGUACAACUUGCCUAUUUACAGUUUCACCAUGGCGCGGGGUCACCGCCCACCAGUGACCAAUUGAUUCAUAAUAAUAUUGUUACGGCGAUAAAUAUUAAAAAUAGAUGUUAAUAAUAAUAACCCAAUAUGACAUUAUAGGAUUAUACCGAUUAAAAUAGACGUCUAGAGCUCUAGACCAUGUAGGCAUAUCAGUAUCUCACGCACACAACGAUAGUUACUAUUUUACUAACAGCGAACUUAUUAAUAUCAAGCUAUUAAUAUUAUUGUUGUCUGUUAUCGAGUACCGACACAACUGAGAGCUGUAAACAAUAAACAGUGUAAACCGGAUUGCCUCGAAUAGUCGAAUCUCGGAGUGCCUUUGGUAGUUUGGUCUCAUAUAGAUCGUAUACGGUAUACCUAUUGUAGGCAAUUUAUUACCCACUAAAAAAAUUUCGUUAAAGUCAUGGGUCCUAUCCGAUCAAGACUUAGCGGAUCAGGAUAUAAGAGGAAGGCCGCAGUAAAGGCUGAAAAGUAUGCUUCUGUCAUAAAAAAAACAGCCAAAAUAAAUACAUUUUUUUCGCAAAGUGCGCAAUCCAACGCUAUCACAGAUUAUAAAAGAAAUACAAUUAUUGUAACUAAUAAUAUUGAUAAUGUGCCUAAUGUGGAUUUAAAUGAAAAACAUUACUCUGUUGAUUUGAAUGAAAGAAAUAACAUUAUUGAAACUAAUGAUAUUGAUAAUGUUGAUGUUAAUGAAAAACAUUGAUCUGUUGAUGAUUUUGUUGAUUUGAAUGAAAGAAAUAACAUUAUUGAAACUAGUGAAAUUGAUACUGUUAAUUUUAAUGAAAAGUGUUGCUCUGUUGAUUCUGUUGAUUUGAAAGACAAUCAUGUUGACAAUAUUACCAGAAAUUUGAUAUCACCCAGUAAUGAUCCGGCAUACUGGUGUGUUGAUGAUACAACAAGAAAUUACAUAUCAGUCAAUGGAAUAUCUCAAAAUAUUGAAACUAUUAACUUCACCAAGUCAAAAAGAACAAGUAAAAAUGUUAUCCGUGGAGUUCUUAAAGUACAUUCACGAUAUUGCUCAUCAAAAUUAUUUUAUAUGGUCCUUCUUAAUGGUGAAAAAGUUAAGAGAAAUUACUUAGUGUACUCUGAAAGUACUGGGUCAUUAUUCUGUGCUCCAUGUAAAUUAUUUGGUUCGACAUCUAUGUUUUCAACUGUAGGAUUUAGUGAUUGGAAGCAUGCAGAGAAAAGAAUUACUUCACAUGAAAAUUCUCAAACUCACAAAACUAAUGUCUUAACUAUGAAAGAUAGAGGAAAAGUAGUUCAAAGAAUUGAUAGUGCUUUAAUAUCACAAAUAGAAAAGGAAAAAAACUACUGGAAAAAUGUAUUAAGGAGAGUUGUUGCUGUAGUCAAGACACUGUCAUCUAGAGGAUUAGCAUUUAGAGGCAAAACUGAUAAAUUUGGUUGUAAUCAAAAUGGUAAUUUUUUAAUGUCCUUGGAGCUAAUUGCCUUAUUUGACCCUUUUCUAGCUUCACAUAUAGAAAAAUUUGGCAACAAAGGAAAAGGCUUUACAUCCUAUUUAUCAUUUAAUAUUUUUGAACAGUUCAUAACUGUAAUGGCUGAUCAGGUUCUUGCAGUUAUAGUUGAAGAAAUUCAAAAAGCAAAAUACUUCUCAAUAAUAGUGGAUUCAACGCCAGACGUAUCGCAUGUUGAUCAGCUAUCAUUCGUGGUGCGGUAUGUUAAAAAUAACGGAACACCUAUUGAACGGUUUAUGUGAUUUUUGCCUAAUAGUGGACAUAAAUCUGAAGAACUUACUGAUGAAGUUAUGACUACAUUAUCUCUUUAUGAUCUGGAUCCAGCAUUUUUACGUGCACAAUCUUAUGAUAAUGCAAGUAAUAUGGCUGGUGCAUAUAGUGGCUUACAAGCCAGAAUUAAAGAAAUAAAUCCAUUAGCCAAUUUUGUCCC